AUGGCAACUCAAUUGGACAUUACUCCUUUCAACUUCAGUGAACCCAGGACCGGCCCUGGGAUUGGAAACCAAGACCCCAGAGAUUCACAACUGCGACUUAUCUUAGUGGGUAAGACUGGAGCAGGCAAAAGUGCCACUGGGAACAGCAUCCUUGGAGAGAGAAUGUUUAAUUCCAGCCUUGCAGCAAAAUUUGUCACCAAGGUCUGUGAGAAAGAGAGCACAUGGAAUGGGAAAGAAAUUGUUGUUGUGGACACACCUGGCAUUUUCGACACUGAGGUACAGGAUGCUCACACCCAAAGGGAGAUUGCUAAUUGCAUUCUCCUGACCUCUCCGGGGCCUCACGCUGUGCUCCUGGUGGUCCCACUGGGCUGGUACACAAAAGAAGAACAAAAGGCCAUGAAGAAGAUGCUAUCAAUGUUUGGACCCAAAGCUAGGAGAUACAUGAUUCUGUUAUUCACCCGGAAAGAUGACUUGGAUGGCAUGGAGUUCAACAAUUACUUAAAGGGCCCAGAAGGCAUUCAAAAUCUGAUAGAGCAGUUCAAGGAUCGUCACUGUGAGUUCAAUAAUAAGGCAACAGGGGCUGAGCAGGAAGCUUAGAGGGCACAGCUGCUGGGCCUGGUCCAGCACAUGGUGAAGAAGAACAAGGGAGGAUGCUACACUAAUAUGUACCAAAGGGCCGAGGUGGAGAUUCAGAAACAGAUUCAAAUGAAACAAGAACAAUAUAGAGCUGAGCUGGAGAGAGAGAAAAAGCAAUUAAGAGAGGAGUAUGAAGAGAAAAUCAGAAAGCUGGAGGAUAAACUGGAGCAAGAAAAGAGAAAGGCAGAAAUGAAGAGGGAAUUGGAAGAAAGGGAGAUUUUCUAUCUAAAAAGGCUGCAAGAAGCCAGAGAUGAAGUUGAGAGUAAGCAAGAUACUAGUAUAAUUGACAUACUCUUGAGCUUAUUUGAUAUCGCUUUCUCUAUUUCCUCAUUUCUUUUUGACGAUGAUUAA